AUGGCCGCAGAAGAGGUAUUGCAGACUGUGGACCAUUAUAAGACUGAGAUAGAGAGGCUGACGAAGGAGCUCACAGAGACCACCCAUGAGAAGAUCCAGGCUGCCGAGUACGGGCUGGUGGUCCUGGAAGAGAAGCUGACUCUCAAACAACAGUAUGACGAGCUGGAGGCUGAGUACGACAGCCUUAAACAGGAGCUGGAGCAGCUCAAAGAGGCUUUUGGGCAGUCCUUCUCCAUCCACCGGAAAGUUGCUGAGGAUGGAGAGACUCGGGAGGAAACGCUUCUGCAGGAGUCAGCAUCGAAGGAAGCUUACUACCUGGGGAAAAUCUUGGAGAUGCAGAAUGAACUGAAACAGAGCCGGGCUGUGGUCACGAAUGUGCAGGCAGAAAAUGAGAGGCUCGCAGCUGUCGUGCAGGAUAUGAAGGAGAACAAUGAGAUGGUGGAGCUGCAGAGAAUACGGAUGAAGGAUGAAAUACGAGAAUAUAAAUUCCGAGAAGCCCGCCUCCUUCAGGACUAUACGGAGCUGGAAGAAGAAAAUAUCACGUUGCAGAAACUUGUGUCUACGUUAAAGCAGAACCAGGUUGAAUACGAAGGCUUAAAGCAUGAGAUUAAGCGAUUUGAGGAGGAGACGGUGCUGCUGAACAGCCAGCUGGAAGAUGCCAUCCGGUUGAAAGAGAUUGCUGAGCACCAACUGGAAGAAGCCCUUGAGACCUUGAAAAAUGAAAGGGAGCAAAAGAAUAACUUGCGGAAGGAGCUCUCUCAGUACAUCACGCUCAAUGAUAACCAUAUCAGCAUCUCGGUAGAUGGACUCAAGUUUGCUGAGGAAGGGAGUGAACCAAACAAUGAUGACAAAAUGAAUGGACAUAUCCAUGGACCUCUUGUGAAACUGAAUGGAGACUAUCGGACUCCCACUUUAAGGAAAGGAGAGUCUCUACACCCUGUUUCUGACUUAUUCAGUGAGCUGAACAUUUCAGAAAUACAGAAAUUGAAGCAGCAACUUAUGCAGGUAGAGCGGGAAAAGGCCAUUCUUCUGGCCAAUCUACAGGAGUCACAGACACAGCUGGAACACACCAAGGGGGCACUGACAGAGCAGCACGAACGGGUACACCGGCUCACGGAACACGUCAAUGCCAUGAGGGGCCUGCAGAACAGCAAGGAGCUCAAGUCUGAGCUGGAUGGGGAGAAGGGCCGGGACUCAGGGGAAGAGACCCAUGACUAUGAGGUGGACAUCAACGGCUUAGAGAUCCUGGAGUGCAAAUACAGAGUGGCGGUAACUGAGGUGAUAGAUUUGAAAGCUGAAAUUAAAGCCUUAAAGGAGAAAUACAAUAAAUCUGUAGAAAACCAUACUGAAGAGAAGACCAAGUAUGAGAGUAAGAUCCAAAUGUAUGACGAGCAGGUGACAAGCCUUGAAAAGACCACCAGGGAGAGUGGCGAGAAGAUGGCCCACAUGGAGAAAGAGUUGCAAAAGAUGACCAGCAUAGCCAAUGAAAAUCACAAUACCCUUAAUACAGCCCAGGAUGAAUUGGUUACAUUUAGUGAGGAACUAGCUCAGCUUUACCACCAUGUAUGUCUGUGUAAUAAUGAAACCCCCAACAGGGUCAUGCUGGAUUACUAUAGGCAAAGCAGAGUCACCCGUAGUGGGAGCCUGAAAGGUCCUGAUGAUCCCAGGGGACUUUUGUCUCCACGGUUAGCCAGGCGGGGUGUGUCAUCCCCAGUAGAAACGAGGACCUCCUCUGAACCAGUUACAAAAGAAAACACAGAGGCCAGCAAAGAACCAAGUCCAACCAAGACCCCCACCAUCUCUCCUGUUAUUACUGCCCCACCGUCAUCUCCAGUAUUAGAUACAAGUGACAUCCGCAAAGAGCCAAUGAAUAUCUACAACCUUAAUGCCAUAAUCCGGGACCAAAUCAAGCAUCUGCAGAAAGCUGUGGACCGGUCCUUGCAACUGUCUCGUCAAAGAGCAGCAGCACGGGAGCUGGCCCCCAUGAUCGAUAAAGACAAGGAAGCCUUAAUGGAAGAGUUUCUCAAGCUCAAGUCACUGCUGAGCACCAAGCGGGAGCAGAUCGCCACACUGAGGGCAGUGCUGAAAGCCAACAAGCAGACAGCUGAGGUGGCACUAGCUAAUCUCAAGAACAAAUAUGAAAAUGAGAAAGCAAUGGUGACUGAAACUAUGACGAAACUUAGAAAUGAACUGAAGGCUUUGAAAGAAGAUGCAGCAACUUUCUCAUCCCUGAGAGCAAUGUUUGCAACAAGAUGUGAUGAAUACGUCACACAGUUGGAUGAAAUGCAGAGACAGUUAGCAGCUGCAGAGGAUGAGAAGAAGACUCUAAAUAGUUUGUUACGAAUGGCUAUCCAGCAAAAACUCGCCCUGACCCAGCGGCUGGAGGACUUAGAGUUUGACCAUGAGCAGUCCCGACGCAGCAAAGGCAAAUUUGGAAAGAGCAAGAUCGGCAGCCCUAAAGUAAGUGGGGAGGCAUCAGUCACCGUGCCCACCAUAGACACUUACCUCCUGCAUAGUCAGGGCCCACAGACACCCAACAUUCGGGUCAGCAGUGGCACUCAGAGGAAAAGACAAUUUUCACCUUCCCUUUGUGAUCAGAGCCGUCCCAGGACUUCAGGGGCUUCCUACCUACAGAAUUUAUUAAGAGUUCCCCCUGAUCCCACCUCCACAGAAUCAUUUCUUCUGAAGGGCCCCCCUUCCAUGAGUGAAUUCAUCCAAGGGCACCGGCUCAGCAAGGAAAAAAGGUUAACCGUGGCUCCACCAGCAAAAAGAGAUUGUCAGCAGCCUGCUGCCUCCGUACCGCCACAGUGCCCACAACUAGCCGAGAGGCAAGACUGCCCGACUGUCAGUCCUGACAUAACUCUCCCUGACGAGCAGCCACAUUCCAGCUCGCAGUGCACCCCUCUCCAAUGUCUCUCCAAGCCUCCUUACCCCUAGUCUUCAUCUUCCGCGGACGAACAUCUGGGGUGAACCGUUCUGGAGCCACACACAAGAUACUGCCCGAGAUCCAGCGAGUGUUUCCUUCUCGGUUGUUCCGUGUAUGAUGGGAUUAACGCCCAUCACUUUGGAAGACAAAAAGAAAUUGAGAAGAAUAACACAACGCCCAGACUCCAGUGUGAUCAAAUGUUUUAUGGUUUCUCUAAGUACAGAUAAACUUCUGCAAUCAAAUGGCUACAGUUCAGUUAAAUAAUAAUAAUAAUAAAAAGGAACAGGACACAUAUAUCUCAGAUGGAUGGUGUUACCUCCAUAGAAUACGAGAGACUUACGACAAUGUAAAAUACAUAUAUUGUAAAAUCAUCUUUCCUCAUGCUUCAAAUUUGGCUAUAGAAGUUGAUUCCAAUAUUUUUUCAUCAUUGAUAUUUAUUUUGUACUUUAUUUGCCACAUGAUUUAUGUCUAUAAAAAUCAUUUCUGUGAGAGGUGAACUUAAUUCAUUUAUUUUUAAAUAAGCAUAAUUUGUUCAAUUAAUUAUGUUUUAAUUUAGUUGGAGAUCUGGAAUUGGCCAGACUCUGGUCAUUUUUCUUGCACAGAAUGUUAAAUAAGGUGCAUCGAAUGUUAACAAUAACUAUUUUGCUGCUACACUGAUAUUGUUUAUGCACUUAUUUUCUAAUCAUUAGCUCAUUAACUGCUGGAUUUUUUUUUUAAACUAGAAUACUUCACUGGACAUUAAGUAAAUCUAAGAAAGACUAUGUUAUGAUUCAUUGACUUAUUCAACUUUUGACGGCAUCUUUAAUUUUUUAAAUUGCAGGCAAGUAGAUGCACUGGUGCUGCUCCUUUGUGUGUGUGUUUGUGUGUAUGAUAAUAUUAAGAAAGCUAAAUAACAUGAAGGGGGAAAAUGGUGUGUUUAUUUAAUGGCCAGAAUUUUUUUUUACUUCUCCUAAAUUCAGGGUCCUACUAUGAGUCUUUCCUGCUAACAGGUAUCAAAUGGGAAAAUAUAUACAUAGAUAGAUGUAAGUUAGCCUUUGGUUAAUGAAUUUACCCAGAAAGUGUUCAAAUUUUGAUUAAAAUUGUAUGUUUUGUUGUUGUUAGUUUUUUCAUAAUGAAUCUUCCUUGCCAAAAAAAAACAAACAAAAAAACAAUAGAUAAUAAACCUUAGCUCAUUGUCUACUUUUGACAAACACUCAGGUGCCUACAAUCAUUACAUUAUCUGUAUUGAGAUAAUACAUGUUCCUAGUUAAUUUACAGAUUCUGCUGGGUAACCUUUAUGACUUGACUUAAGGCAGUGGAUUUUCAUAGCAAAAUUUAUUUUGCACAUAAUCUGACAAACAAGGAAAACAGCUAAUUGAGCUGAAAGGUCUAACACUCUUGGGCUCCUUAACUAUCAUGUGCUGCCCACACAAUUGCUCCUAGCCCUGAUUCCUUGUCUGGUCAGGUAGCCUUAACUUAUUUAAAACCAUAAUGGUUUGACCUUUCAUGUAAUGAUAUCUGUAACUUCUCUUUAAAACAAAAACAAUCCUCACAAAAGAUAGUUAACAAUGCAGGGCUCUAACAAUGGAGAUCUAGUAAGAGCCACUCACCUUAUUGAGUGGAAGUGGGUGGGACAUGAAUGGAACAGUCCAUCAAAGAUGGCGGCCAAUUGGGAAGUCAUUAAAGCACAGUACAGGAGCUUUCAUUAGUCAUACACCUUUUAAGUAGUGGUCACUAUUACCAAAGCAACCAAGAGGUUUUAAGGUUCUUAUAUGAGUGCUAUUUUCAACAGUGUCCUUUAUUAUGCAACUUGGAGUAGUUGGAACUCUUCACCAUAAAUAAGGAGUCAGGUUAAAGUACAGAAAAAGAAACAAGUCUUCAUGAAGUCUUGGUCAUGGUAGCCUAACCUUCUGUUCUUUCCUACCUGUGUUGCCUUGCUGUUCCUAAACAUUUUCUUCAUUGUAUUGGUGUUGUAUCUGCCUGGAACCAGUGUUAGUGAGACAGUGUGGAUUAUAUUAGAGUUCAAUUAAAGGAAGUUACCACCCCCCUACCCUUGCUCUUUCUUUUCUUUUCCUUUUCUUUUUUUUGAACAUCAUAUGUUUAGACCUGAGAAGUGGCAUGGAUGCAAAGCUGACUUUUAAUAAAAAGUGUUUGUGCCUGAGGGAAAAUAUGCUGUUUUAAAAAGUACCUCAGAACAUCUUCCUAUAUUAUCUCAUCAAUGUUGUUGGUGGUACAUGAAUUCAGCAGUAAGUGUUGUCUCUGAAACUAUAAGGCAGUAAUGCCUACUGACAGUGCAGUAUUACAUUUUUUCUCCCUUACUCUGUAUUUAUGACCUGGUAAAAGACCGAGUCACAGACAAAGCAUUUAUUUCUUCCAAUAUAAAGUUUAUCAAGUCUAUUAUAUAUGAAUUUUAUUUCAGUUCCUUUAUGUCAACAGAGGGGGAAAUGUCUGUUUUGAAAUACCAAUUCUAUAAAAAUUUUAGCAAAACUUUGCCAAGAUAUAGAAACUUGGAAAUACAUUUCUAAUUUUCAACACAAAAUUAGGUAAAAGUCCGCAAGCAGUGAGAGAGAAUUCCAUGUAUUUACACUGUGGCAUCAUUUAGUAUAAUUUAAACUGAGCUGUAUCUGUAGGCAUUUAUUUAUAGGUAUUUAAAAUGAAUAAAUAUGUGUAGCAUUGAUAAAAUUAGUACCUGUAAAGAAACAUGAUGAUUCAAAAGGAAACUGAAAAAUUGAAGAACUAGUGAAAAUAGAAAAAACCAAACCUCAGUAAGACCAGUUGAAAAGAAAUGUGGGGGGGCCGGGGGAGGGAAGUCUACAUAAACACAAUAAAAAUAAUGGCUAAUUAAAGGUAACUAUAGUAGCAAGGGUGUUUAGCAAAGUAACCAGGUAGUUUUUAAAAAGUAAGCACAAUUACCAUUCUGGAAAGUAUAGAAUGCAGAAAUGCUUUCCUACUGAGGACUUUUCUUAGUUAAAAAAUAAAAUAAAAAGGAGCAAUAAAUUGUCUUUGGCCUGAGUGCACAGGGGCAUACAGGACCCUUGGGUUAAUCUUUCCAAUCAACUCAUGAGUCACUGGAACCCUUUUAUGUAUCCAAUUCUGUUUCAAUAAGAGGAAUUUGGAUAACUUUGAGAAAAUAGUCUUCAGUGUGAAGGAAUUAUAUUAACUCUAGGAAAAAGAUUCUUAGCAGUGGAAAAUUAAUCAUUGAAAUUGAUAAUUCUAAGGAUUUAUUUUUUAAAUUAAAUAUUGGUUGUCGUAGGGAUUAAGUGGCUAGAUAUCUUAUGAUAAUGU